CCGACGACCGACCGAGCGCACUGCUGCUGGCUAGAUAGAGCACAUCAGGAUACUAUCAUGGUGGAACACUGUUAUUGCAGCAAAAUUUCCACCCACCUGCCACGGUUCUAGUUUUUGUGUGGACAAGUCCCGGAGGAUCCCGUAGCGAAGCGGCCAGAGAGGACAAUGAAUUCAGGGACAUGAGGACUUAGUCAAUCGAAGCAGCGAAAAUUUUUUGAAGCGAAAUUGAGCGCCGUCUCUCGAAAACGAACAACCAAAAAAGAAACAAAAAUAACCAAAAAACACACAUCUCGGUCAGAGUGAACCGAACUAUGGAGCAAUGCAAUAAUAACGAUCGUCCCUGUGUGAUCAGCAGCGGGAGUUUUUUCCCGCACGCGGCGAGCCCGUCGCCGAACCACAACGGCAGCAACCACAACGGCAACCACAGCGGCAGCAACAACGGCUGCAGCAACGGCGGUGGUGGCCACAACAACAAGCAGAAACAGCACCAGCAUCAGCACCCGCACCAUUCGUCGCUCCAGCACUCCCCGCCACCGAUCAGCCGGCAUCUGACGCAGAAAAAUGAUCCGAACCUGCACAGCCCGACCGAUCAGUCGUCGCUCGGCGAGAUCGAGGUGAUUCUGGUGCAGCAGCACAAGCAGGACGCACUGUCGGUGAUCAUCCAUCCGCAGGAGGGCAUGCAGCAGAUCAACAUGUGCUUGAGCGGUUCCGGCAAUCCGGGCUCGGUGGACUCGAUCAUGUCGUCGGACUUCCAAACGCUGUCGCCGAUGCACGAUCGCGAUUCGCCCGUCAGCAUCAGUGCGAACACGUCGUACGCGACGCUGACGCCACUGCAGCCGCUGCCACCCAUUUCGACCAUGUCGGACAAGUUCGCCUACUCAAUAGGGGGAAACAUCUGCGAGGCGUUCCCCGGGAUGAACAACAGUUCGGUCGGGGUAAACAUCGAGAUCAACUCCUGCUACAAUCUGGAAAAACUUGGAGUCAUCCAUUCGCCAGUGCACAUCAACACGGUGCAGGAGCUCUCGCCGACGGACGUUCACCACGCGUUGGACAAGAACCACGUCCUGAAGGAUCCCAAACUGGACCACCACCUGACGGGCAAGGACGUUGACGUGGUGGAUGGAAAAAACGAGUGUAUCCUGGUACGUGCCUCUCCGAUUCCUUCGAAUCUCAGCUCAGUGGACGAUCGCUUUCUGACGUCGGCGGCGAAGCCGGAUCUUGGCCGUCAGAAGGAUGACACCGACCAGUUCACCAGUACAGUGCAAUAUCUGGAUCAGCCGAGCGACUCGGACGUGAUCCACGGGGGUGUUGUUGGGGGCGCAGGCGGACCCGGCGGGGCCGGUUCCGGCGUCAAGGACCACCACUCGGCCGUGUUUCUCAACAAGUCUUUCAGUUCAAAAGCAAACAUAAGCGACCUUAAUCUGUGUAAAGAAAUUGUUAUAGAUGAUGUUUACGAGGAAUCGGAGCUGGAUGAUAAGAAGCUGGAGGACUCGCUAACCGGGGGCGGGCAUCAUUCGCUGUCGAACGGGGGCAGUGGCGGAAAGAAUGGGGGCUGCGGUUCGAUGGGUGACGUUGGCUGCAUGAACGGGGGCGAUGUGGAGGAGAUCAAUACCAAAGAGCUGGCGCAUCGGAUCAGCUCGGAGCUGAAGCGCUACAGCAUACCGCAGGCCAUCUUUGCCCAGCGCGUCCUGUGCCGAUCGCAGGGCACCCUGUCCGAUCUGCUGCGAAAUCCGAAGCCGUGGUCCAAGCUCAAGUCCGGCCGGGAAACGUUCCGGCGCAUGUACAAAUGGAUCCAGGAGCCCGAGUACCAGCGGAUGUCCGCGCUCCGACUGGCAGCAACCCAAUCGGCAAAACCAGUGAAUGCAAAGAAACACGAGGAACCGGAACCGAACGUUAUGAUGGGACACACGAAGAAACCUCGGCUCGUCUUUACCGAUCUGCAGAGAAGGACGCUUCAGGCGAUAUUCAAAGAAACUAAGAGACCUUCGAAGGAGAUGCAGGUGACGAUCGCCCGGCAGCUCGGGCUGGAACCGACGACGGUGGGAAACUUCUUCAUGAACGCCCGGCGCCGCUCGAUGGACAAGUGGAAGGACGACGCGAUGAAGGGCAACAGCAGUAGCAACGAUAACCUUAUCCUGGAGCACCUGAAAGAUGACUCGUCGGACGAAGCGCUCGGCUAUGACGGUUCGUUCGCGUCCGACGGCGGUCCAAUGGAACAUAACUAUCAGCAGCACGUUCUUAACUAA